UCGGGAAGCGCUGAGUUAGGCUCUCCUUUGCUACCCAGCUAGUAAGCUUGAAUGUCCAACAGGGUUGUGUAUUAACAUUAGUGUCCGAUUGUUUGUAAAGUGUUAAGAAGCAGAAAGUGAGACUUGGUGAAAUAAUCUUGGACUGUCCGGAUUUGCCACGAAGUGAUGAGCAGAAUUUACUAGUUACUGUUACUAGUUGUUCUUCAGGUGUGUGAUGAUGGAGGAACAGGAGGAUAGCAUGUUUAGUGACCAACAUUUCUAUUGUGAGAUGUGUCACCAGCACUUCAUUGACCUGUGUGAGGUUCAUGGUCCACCAUUAUUCACAUGUGACUCUCCAACAUCUAUGGGCAUUCCUCAGAGAGCUCUGCUGACGCUGCCGCAAGGCUUGGUUAUAGGUCGAUCGAGCAUCUCUCAUGCAGGUCUUGGGGUUUUUAACCAAGGCCAGACUGUGCCACUGGGGAUGCAUUUCGGACCUUUUGAUGGAGAGGUGACCUCAGAGGAAAAGGCAUUAGAUAGUGCCUUCUCUUGGGUAAUUUACAGAGGCAAUAAUCAGUAUACUUACAUAGAUGCAGAAAGAGACACUCAAUCUAACUGGAUGAAAUUUGUGGUGUGCUCGAGGAGUGAGACAGAGCAAAAUCUUGUUGCAUUCCAGCAAAACGGACGUAUUCUGUUCCGUUGUUGUCGCCCUAUUAGCCCAGGGCAGGAAUUUAGAGUUUGGUAUGCUGAAGAAUAUGCUCAAGAACUUGGCAUCAUCUGGGAUAAGAUCUGGGAUAAGAAAAUAAUUUCUCAAGGUCCAACUGAAGAACGGGCACCUCAGGACUGUCUAUGUUCUUAUUGCCAUUACUCCUUCCCAACAAUUUUUUAUCUGCGUGUUCAUGUGAAGCGCUCACAUCCUGAUGAGUAUGCACACUUUAUGCAGACACAGCCGUUAGAGUCUGUAGACAUAGACCAUUGCCUCCUGGCAUCUGAUGCAGCUCCGCCAACCCAUAUACAACCAAUGAUAGAAAGCUGUCGGGUUCAAACUUCAAGCCCAAAUGGACAAUCCAGCCAUCAGUCGGAAAAGUCAGACUGCACUGAUUUGUCUGAUACAUGUAGUAAUGGUUUAAGUGACCAGGCAAACUCUGUUGCUGAGGUCUUAGGUGAAAUGAAUAAAUGUGGUGAGUGUGGUCGUAACUUUUUGAGAUCUUGUCAUCUGAAGAGACAUCAGCGCACUAUUCACUCCAAAGAGAAGCCAUAUUGCUGCAGCCAUUGUAGGAAGUGCUUUAGUCAAGCAACAGGGCUGAAAAGACACCAACAAACCCACCAGGGGGAGGAAAAGAGAGAGAAAGUUGCUGACAGAACUUCUGAUGUAUACCCUUGCACAAAGUGCUCUUUCUCUUUUGUGGCCAAAUCCAAUUUGUAUCAACAUCUGAAACGCCAUCACCACAGAGAGUACCUCAGGUUAGUUGAGAGCGGCUCGCUCACUCCAGAGACUGAGGGUGAAACGGGAACGAAUUACGACAAGCAUGACCCAAAUUAUGAACCUUCUACUCGAGCGAAGAGGCCUGUGAAGAACACUUUGAGAGGCAGGAGUCACCCUAAAAAAGUAUCUGUUGGCCGACCAAGAGGACGACCACCUAAAAACAAGCCUGCUGCUCAGGUUGAAGUGCUUAUCUGCACAGAGUGUGAACAAAGGUUCUCUGAUUUGGAGACACUUAAAUCUCACCAAUGUGCGGGACGGGACACUAAUAAGAUAGAGGAACCUCAGGAAGGAGUAGAUUCUCAGAAUGUCUGCGGUGAAUGCCUGAGAGGUUUCAGUAAUUUUGAUCUUCUCAAAGCCCAUGAGUGCAUUGAGCAGGGAGACGGAUCUUACUGUUGCUCUCACUGCAACCUUUACUUCAACCGUUUGUGUAACCUUCGUCGCCAUGAGCGCACCAUCCACUCCAAGGAAAAGCCCUACUGCUGCACCUUGUGCCUCAAGUCCUUCACCCAGUCUUCUGGCUUGAAGCGUCACCAACAGAGCCACUCGCGCCGCAAAGGUCACCGUCAGAGCUCGGCCCUUGUUGAUGCCAGCAUCUUUCCCUGCGCAUACUGCCCCUUCUCUUUCACCGAUGAGCGCUAUCUUUACAAACACAUCCGCCGGCACCAUCCAGAGAUGAGCGUUAAAUAUCUGAGUUUCCAAGAAGGGGGUGUUUUGUCUGUUGAAAAGCCUCACAGCUGCAGCCAGUGUUGCAAGAGCUUUAGCACAAUCAAGGGCUUCAAGAACCACAGCUGCUUCAAGCAGGGGGAGAAGGUGUAUCUGUGCCCAGAUUGUGGAAAGGCAUUCAGUUGGUUUAAUAGCCUCAAGCAACACCAGCGCAUACACACAGGAGAGAAGCCUUACACGUGUCAGCAGUGCGGAAAGAGUUUUGUCCACUCCGGACAACUGAAUGUGCACCUCCGCACACACACGGGUGAAAAACCUUUCCUGUGUUCACAAUGUGGCGAAAGCUUCAGGCAGUCAGGAGAUUUGAGGAGACAUGAGCAGAAGCAUUCAGGCGUCCGCCCAUGCCAGUGCCCCGAUUGUGGAAAAAGCUUUAGUCGGCCACAAAGUCUCAAAGCUCACCAACAGCUUCAUAAUGGCACCAAACUUUUCCCAUGCACUCAGUGUGGAAAAAGCUUUACUCGUAGAUACCAUCUCACCCGUCAUCACCAGAAAAUGCACUCCUGACUAAAAAAAGUAAAGACGUAGAUGAAUUUAUGGAUGUCAUUAUGAAAAGCUUGUUGUUCCUGUUUUAAGGUCUACUUUACUUCAUCUUUAAGUUCCUUUUCAGGCAAAAUUAUCUAGCCAUUGAAAAGAUCCUGUUUUUGCUGAGACUGGUAGACAAGUCUGAACUAGGCAUUUUUGAGUAUCAUAUAAUGGGGCACAAAAUUGCUGAGUGUAGUUGAUCCCCAAAGACGCAGAGCCAUUAGGCAGUUGGGUUGUAAGAAAUGUUGAAAAAAACUUAGCAAAAGUCAAAACUAUAUUUUAUUGAAAAAUAUGUAAUUGUUCAACAGUUUGUUUCUAUGAUCAUAGUAAAAUAAUUUUGUAAAUGUAUGUGUUGCAAGAUGUUUUUUUUUUUUUGUUUUUUUUUAAGUAGAGAAACUUGACAAAGAUGUGAACAUGAAGGUUUCGAGGACAAGAACUUUUGGCUUUGCAAAGAUUCACAAAUGUUCAGGUAUUUUUUUUAUGACAAUGUCCCUCCUUGCAACAGAAAAUGCUUAUGAUCAUUUAUUGUUGUGCUUCUGUUAAUCUUUUUAGUUGGCAUACAACUGAUCUAAGUUGCAUUUAGUAUACUUUAUCACCCUUUAAAUAGUUGGACAUUGCACAGAUAACUACAUUUAACCAUGAUUUACUGUGAUUGUGAUGUUUCAAAACUUGCCGCCUGAAACCUUUUCCAUCAGUCUGGUUUUGCAGCUAGUAGUUUUUUCAUUUUGCUUUUGUUAUAAAUGGGCCUCCUCAAAGAAAACUAUUUCGAUGCUCAUUUGUACGCUGUGACCGUGGUUGCUGUCAUGUGUCUUUGCCAUACUUGUAUACCGUAUAAAAUUCUAUCUGUUUACUGUCUAUUUUAAAUUCAUCUGUCACAAUGUGCACAAAACAGGUCAAAGAAAAAACCCUCUUGUCCACUGACCUUGAUCACACUAAAGAGCUGGUUGAUAAUAAUGAAACAUGUCCAUGUGAUGUUUACAAAUAAAGAUCCUAUAGAUAUUUGUAUCAUA